UGCGCACCGGAGCAAAGGGGAGUAUCCCGAGAUGAAGAGGAGAGAGGGAUAAAUAGAAGAGGAGACACGGAGGGACAUGAACUCCUGCAUCCCGGAUCACCUGCACACAGCAAGAUAACGGUGGACUUUAAUCUCGUUCCCGUGGCAUGCAGCCGAAACGGUGACUGCGCCAAAACGCGCGCUCCUUGAGGAUCCAGCUGAGCGUCACCAGCACGUCCAACUUUUCUAUUUUCUGCUCCUCUUCCUCACGCCGAGGCUCUGCAUCCAUCACGUCAUCCUCUUGGACUUCCAUAACCACGGUCGCGUGUCUGAUCUGUGAUGGGGGCAGCGGCGGAGGUUGGGAGCUUCGCCAACGGUUUUCUGGACAGCUUCGGCGCCGCUCCGGUUCCCGCUGGCUCUCACUUCGUGUUGACCCCAGCGGGGCCGGUAGACUACAACUCGGUGACCGGACUGGGACUGAUGAUGGGGCUGCAGGGGCAGCAACAGGAUCACCUGGUGUCCGCGGAGAGACUGUCCCGGAGCCUGGCGGACCUGAGCCACCUGAAGGGGAUUCUGAGGCGCCGGCAGCUCUACUGCAGGACGGGCUUCCACCUGGAGAUCCGAGCCGACGGUACCGUGCAGGGAACCAGAAAGGACCACAGCAGAUUCGGUAUUUUGGAAUUCAUCAGUUUGGCUGUGGGUCUAGUCAGCAUCAGAGGGGUGGACAGCGGCCUCUAUCUUGCCAUGAACAGCAAAGGUGAACUGUAUGGAUCGGUAAAAGUUGUCUGCAGAAUGGUUUUUAGGGAGCAGUUUGAAGAAAACUGGUACAACACAUACUCCUCCAACAUUUACCGACAUGGAGAAAAAGGUGCAUUUUACUUUGUGGCUCUGAACAAAGACGGGACAUCCAGGGACGGAACGAGGUCCAGGCGGCACCAGAGGUUCACUCACUUCCUACCGAGGCCAGUUGACCCGGACAGGGUACCAGAGCUCUACAGGGACAUACUGGGCCAGAGUUGAGACUGAAAUGGCAGUAACCCAAAGCUCUUCAGAGCUGGUGCACCGGAUCCUGAGGGAGAUGGAAUAUAUGUUUGUUCUGGACAAACAGGAUCCACACUCCUGGUCAGGGACCAUCUGUGGAGAUCAACAUGGCCUGUCGUACAGGAUUAAGGAUUUAAAAAAGAUGUCAAAGUAAUCAGGCAAUU